AUGCCUACUCAGCAAGAGAUCGAGUAUUUUAGGAACAAGCACCAGCGGAUGAACAAGGAGCGGUUCUUUGCUGCUAAUGUCCUGGCAUUGAUUACUCAUACUUUGACACAACCACUUGACUUGAUCAAGGUCAGAGCUCAGAUGCUCCAAGAAGGAAGAACCUUCUAUGGCCUCGGAACUCAAAGAGGAAGCAACCCAUUCGCUAUUUUUAGGGAAAUUAAUAAGUCUGGAGGAUCCUACAAGCAAUGGUAUACUUCAUACGAAGGAUUUUUUGCUAGAACAUUUGCAUAUACAACCGCAAGAGUUUCAUGCUACCUUUGGUUCUUUGAUAGGCUCAACAAAGACCCAAGAAGGUAUGCCAGGCCAGAUAGACAAGCCAUGGCUGGUAUUGCUGGAGGUCUUGUUGCAGGUAUUUUGACAAACCCUAUCGAGAUCGUAUACGCUAGAAUGCAAGUAGACGACCUCUAUCCUAAAGGAUAUAAGAGAGGCUACAAGACCUUUUAUGAAGGGUUCAUGAAAACUGCUCAAGAAGGAGCCUUAUUUAGAGGAGCUCUCGCUAAUGGGCUGAGAAUCGCAGGAUUAAUUACUGGAGCUUAUGCUCUCCACGAUUGGGUCAAAGAGAACUUCUAUUAUUUCUUAGGGCCAAUUAUGCUCAACAGAAUCCUCGCUACUCUUGUCGCUAGUGGUGUUGCCACUGCUGCCAGUCUGCCAUUUGAUACUUUGAGAAUGAGAUUGUACACACAGAGACCACUCCCCAAUGGGAAAUGGCCAUAUGGAGGUCUCACUGACUGACUAACUAAGAUCAUGCAAUAUGAAGGAAAUAUUAAAAACCAUGGCAAUUUGCAGGCCCUUUAUGCUGGGUAUCUCUCCUACUUCGGAAGAUUCUUCGUAAUUGCUCUUGUCUCACAAUAUUUGAUUGACUUUUAUGAACAAGGAUCAUUCAUUCCUGAGUUAUGGGUGCCAGGAUCAUACAUGCGCACUCCCACUAUUGCCAUGAAUCCUUACGACCCAUAUACCUUGACUGGUUACAAAGCUUAUGUGAAUGAUAAAACUAUGGAUGCUGCUGAAGAUGCAGAGGCUUCAUUGCCUCAUGAUGUGAAACUCAAAUAUGUGUAAAGUUUCCUCUAAUAAUCCCAACUAUAAUUCAGUUUCAUAUUA